AUGCGGUCAAUGAGAUUCACAUUGCAAAACAAUUUGACCCCUGCUAAAUAUAAUGAGUCUAUGUUGAUCGAAUUGGAGGACCUAGACGAAGUAAGGUUAAGGGCUCUUGACCACAUACAAGUUCAGAAAAGGCGAGUAGCAAGGGCAUAUAACAAGCGUGUUAGGGCUAAAAUCUUCGGUGAAGGUGACUUGGUUUGGAAGACUGUCCUCCCCAUGGGUGUGAAUGAUCGAAAAUAUGGAAAAUGGUCACCAAAUUGGGAAGGUCCAUUUAUGGUUUACAAAGUCUUAAAAGGAGACGCAUAUCAUUUGCAAGAUCUUGACGGGGAAAUACACCCUCGACUGGUUAAUGGCCGAUACUUAAAAAAUUAUUAUCCUACAAUGUGGGAGAUAAUGGAGAAUAAAACCAAAGAUGGUUAA